AUGGCCACAGCGAACCAGAUCCGGCAGUACUGGAUGGGCCGCAACAGCAACUAUUGGAAUGCGGGCGAGUGCAGCAGCUUCUCUGCGCUCCACCAUGCUUCGCGCCACGGUCUCGAGCGGGCGGUUAUUCGGCUUCUCGACAGCGGCGCCUACGGCGUCAACGAGCUGACGAGCAUGGGCUCUACACCUGUGAUCCACGCUGCCGCGGGUGGGCACGUGCUCACGGCCCGAAGCCUACUAGCCCGCGGCGCUAAUCCGUAUCUGCGCAAUUGGUACGGCGAUGACAAAGCGGCCAUAGUUUGCGAGUUGGUUCGCUGGGGUAUGGACCCCAACGGCGACAGCUAUCUCGCCUGCGCGCUGGACGGCGACUCAGCCGGCGCCUUCGCGGCCCUCGUUGAGCUCGGCGCUGACAUUGCGGCCCAAAGCGCGUUUAAGACCCACGACCAUCUCUUUAUUACAGCGGCACUUUGGGGCUGCGAUGAGAUUCUCGCACUGAUGCUGAAGCAGGGCUGGGUCGACAUUGAGUUAAGAAACGCCGAGGGGCGCACAGCAUUGCACUGCGCUGCUGCAGCUGCCAAUCUGACGUCAGUGAGAAUACUUCUUGGGGCCGGGGCGGAUAUCGGUGCAAUGGAUGAUGGGGGACGUACAGCUCUGGAAUUUGCAGAGGGCAAUAAGAGUAUAACGCGCCUGUUGCUAGACUCAGGGGCCACGCCUAUCCCACAGGGGUUGGAUGAUUGGACGUUGAGUCAUAUUAAGGUUAAUAAUCUGAUUAGUUGGAGGUUUUAG